AGCCCGCCCCGCCACGCUUAGUGCGGGCGCUUCCGGGUGGCGGCCGCCAUUGAACACGUGACUCGGCGCCUGUCAUGUGACCUGCGGCGGCGCCGGGCGGGAGGCCAUGUCGCAGCGCCCCCCCCCGGGGGUGGUUCCGGGCGAAGCCUCCGAGAGCGACUCGGACCCGGAGCCGCCGCGGGGGGGCGGGACCGGCCUCAAGCUCCCGGGGGAAGCCUCCGAGUCGGACGAGGAAGUGGAAGCGCGGAGGGCACCCCCUGCCGGCCGGGCGGACCCGUCCCUGCUGCAGCAGCGGCUGCGGGCGGGCGCGCAGCACCUGGGCGGCGCGGUGGUGCACGCGCUGCGGCGCGGGUACGGGCGGGCGGCGCGGGGCGCGGCGGGGCUGGGCGCGGCGCUGGCGCAGGCGCAGUCGGGCGCGGCCGCCGCUGCCCAUUGCCUGCGCGUGGCGCGCGGAGACCUGCGCGCGGUGGCGGCCGCCGUGGACAUCGUCACCGCCUGCCGCCUCCUGCCCGACGUGCGCGGCGCGGGGCUGCCGCCGGGGGGCGCUGCGGCGCGGAGCUGAGCGGGGCUGCACCGCGUGGGGCUGAACUGAGCGGGGCUGCACUGCGCGGGGCUGCCACCGGGAGGCGCUGCGCGGAGCUGAACUGAGCUGCACUGCGCGGGGCUGCCACUGGAGGGCGCUGCGCGGGGCUGCACUGAGCUGCACUGCGCGGCGCUGCCACCGGGGGGCGCCAGCGGCAUCGGGGGCACCGGGACCAUCGUGGUGGCAUCAACAGCAUCGUGGUGGCACCAACGUCCUCAAGGCAUCAGGGUCUUCAUGGUGGCACCAACAUCCUCGCAGUGGCAUUGGAACCAUCGUGGUGGCACCAACAUCCUCAAGGCAUCAGAGUCUUCAUGUUGGCACCAACGUCCUUGUGGUGGCACUGGAACCAUUGUGGUGGCACCAAUGUCCUCAUGUGUGACCAAUGACCUUGGGGUGGCACCGGCACCAUGAGAGUGGCACCAACACCUUUGUGGUGGCACCAGAACCACUGUGGCACCAAUGUCAUCGUGGUGGCACCAGAACCAUCUUGGUGGCACUGGAACCAUUGGGUUGGCACCAACAUCAUUGUGGUGGCAUCAAUAUCAUUGUGGCACCGGAACCAUUGUGGUGGCACCAGUGUCUUCAUGUGUGAGCAAAAUCCUUGUGGUGGCACAAACGUCCUCGUGUCAUCGUGGUGGCACCAGCACCAUUGUGGUGGCACCAAUGUCUUAAUGUGUGACAAACAUCCUAGUGGUGGCACCAGGACCCUCACGACAUCAGGGUCUUCAUGGUGGCAUCGGAACCAUUGUGGUGGCACCAAUGUCUUCGUGUGUGACCAACAUCCUUGUGAUAUGAGGGUCCUCAUGGUGUCACCAACGUCUUUCUGGCAUUAACACUCUCGUGACAAUACCAGGACCCUCAUGGUGGCACCAGUGUCUUCACGGCAUCAACAUCCAGGACCCUCAUGGUGGCACCAACAUCUUCUUGGUGUGAUCAACAGCAUCAUGGCAUCACCAACAUCAUCGUGGUGGCACCGGAACCAUUGUGGUGGCACCAAGAUCUUCAUGUGCGACCAAUGUCCUCGUGGUGGCAUCGACAUCUUGGCAUCAACAUCCUCGUGGUGACACCAGGCCCCUCGUGACAUCAGGGUGUUCAUGAUGGCACCAAAAUCAUCAUGGUGACACCAAUAUCAUUGUGGUGGCGCCAGCACCCUUGUGGCCCCAGUGUCCUCAUGGUGGCGCCAGCACCGAGCAGAGGCUGUGCCACCCGAUGCUGUCCCCAAAGCCCCCCCGUGGUGGUGGCAUCACUGGUGACAUCAACCGGUGGCUUUGGCCACUGUUGUCCCCAGAGGCCCCCAGUGUGUGACACAAUAAAACUCCGGUGGUGGCACUACAGGGGUGUCACACUGGGGUAUGGUGA